AUGGAACAGCGGAACCCUCUCGGAGCCCUCGGAUACCUGCCGCCGCUGCUGCUGCACGCCCUGCUGCUCUUCGUGGCCGACGCUACAUUUACCGAAGUCCCCAAAGAUGUGACAGUACGGGAGGGAGACGACAUCGAAAUGCCCUGCGCCUUCCGGGCUAGCGGAGCCACCUCGUAUUCGCUGGAGAUUCAGUGGUGGUACCUCAAGGAGCCGCCCCGGGAGCUGCUGCACGAGCUGGCGCUCAGCGUGCCCGGCGCCCGGAGCAAGGUAACAAAUAAGGAUGCAACUAAAAUCAGCACCGUGCGCGUCCAGGGCAAUGACAUCUCACACCGGCUGCGGCUGUCCGCCGUGCGGCGGCAGGACGAAGGCGUGUACGAAUGCCGCGUGUCCGACUACAGCGACGAUGACACGCAGGAGCACAAGGCCCAGGCGUUGCUGCGCGUGCUCUCGCGCUUUGCGCCGCCCAACAUGCAGGCCGCCGAGGCCGUGUCCCACAUUCAGAGCAGCGGCCCGCGUCGCCACGGCGCCAACAGCGCCAACAGCGCCGCCAACGCCAACAACGUGGGUGCCACCGGCGCCGCGGGCCGCGCCACCUCCGACCCCGGCCGCGGCGACAAAAGCCUGCCUCCGGGGAGUCCUCCUGCGGCCCCGGGUCCCGCAGUCCCCGAGGCGGCAGCCGCCUCCGCGGCCCACGCAGCCACGACCACCGUCGCGGCUGCGGCCGCAGCUUCGUCGGCGUCACCGCCACUGGGCCAGGCGGUCCUUCUUCGCCAGAGGCACGGCUCAGGCACUGGCCCUAGCUCGGCCACAGACCCACUCCUGUCCCUGCUCCUGCUAGGUCUGCAUAAGUUCCUUCGCCUGCUGGUGGGGCACUGA